AUGCCGGGUCCCGUCGAGGAGCUGGUCAAGCGGCAGCUUCGACUCGAGCAGGGGACCUGGGAGGCGGAGCAGCUCGCUGUGGGUUGCUCGGAGCCUCCAGCGCUGCAGUUCUGGAGCGUCGGCAAGCUGCUGCGCGUGUUGCAGGCCUCCAGAUCGCCUGAAAACUCUCUCGAGUCGCUGGCACAAUGCGGAAUUGAACGGCAUUUGGUCGGCAGUGUGGACCCGAGACGAGCGACGUCCCAACCGACAGCAGAGAACUCGCAGGCAGCUCCGACAGCGGACGCCGUGACGUACACGUCGAGUUCCGUGUGGCUCACGGGCUUCCUGCACUUCGGGGAGGACGUGGAGAGCUGUGACACGUUGCAUCUGUGUGAUAACAAUGCGAAGCUUCCGAGUUUCCUGCUGGAUCCGAGUCCGCAACUGGUGGAUCAGUUGGUGCUGGUCAAGCGCUGGGUGUUGGUGGACAAGGCGUUCGGCCGCGUACGAACUGCUGGGUCCAUGUUCCUCGAGGUGCACGACGAGAAAUUGGUGCCGUUGAUGCCAGUUGCAGGUGAGUUUAGUGAUUGGACACGGGAAAGAGUGAAGGGGGUGCUGGAACGUAGUUUCCAGCAGUCGAAAGAUCCGCCGAUAAAGGGCAAGAAGCGGAAGCGUGUUCAUUGCGUUUUCGGUCGUGUGACGAGUGUGACAUCCGCAGAGCUGCAAUGA